AUGGAUAACUUCAGAAAGAGCGUAAGAGCAUUUGAUGCUUUUCCCAAAACACAGCCCACGCAUCAAGUGAGGUCCGAGAAGGGUGGCUUGUCCACGGUGGUUGUCGUCUUUCUCUCGUUGUUCAUCCUCUGGAUGGAGAUCGGUGGCUUUAUUGAUUCGGAAAUUGACCACCAAUUCUCUGUUGAUGACAAUGUGGUAAAGGAACUUAAGAUUAAUAUGGACAUUCUCGUGGCUAUGCCGUGUCAGUUCAUCCACACCAACGUCUUGGACAUCACAGAUGACAGACUCAUGGCUAGUGAGUUUUUGAACUACGAAGGGAUGAACUUCUUUGUUCCAAACAGGUACUCCGUCAACGAACACCGCAACCCGCUCGUCAAUACGCCAGAUCUCAGCGAGAUCAUGCGAGACGGGUUAAGGGCCGAUUUCAGCGUCAAGAGUUUACGCGUCAAUACGGGUGGACCAGCCUGUCACAUCUUUGGGUCCAUUCCAGUGAACAAGGUUAGCGGGGACUUUCACAUAACGGCCAAGGGGCUUGGCUAUAGAGAUGCUUCGCAAGUUCCAUGGGAGGCCUUGAAUUUCACUCACGUGAUCACCGAGUUUUCCUUCGGUGACUUCUAUCCCUUUGUGAAUAACCCAUUAGACUUUACCGUCCAGACCACGCCCGAAAAUGGUGUACUAUAUUCCUACUUCCUCUCGGUGGUGCCUACCGCGUAUAAGAAGUUGGGCGUGGAGAUUGAAACCACCCAGUUUUCGGUCAACCUGGUGAAGAAGACUUUUGAACCCAUGAGAGGAACUCCGGGGAUCUCCUUCAAAUACGACUUUGAGCCAAUCAAGUUGCAUGUCGAAGAGAGGAGAAUCCCGUUCUUGCAGUUUUUGUUCAACCUAGCCACCAUUUGUUGUGGACUACUCGUGGUGUACGGCUGGGCAUACAAGCUUUUUGACCAGGUCAUGUCCUUGCUCUUUGGUAAGAAGUUUACUGCCUGGGGAGCCGAACUGACUCCAAGCUUGCUCGAUGAUGAUACGAAGUACGAAAGAUUGGCAUAG